CACGACCCUUCCACCCCACCACGCCAGUACUGAAGACAUGCGCCCGAGAUGCGGGUGGGCAUGAGCGGAAAUGAUGUCCAAGAAGCCCGCCAUUCUUCUUUCGUCCUAUAGCUCCCUACCUCCCUUCUGCUAUACCCCUUCACAGUCCGGUACGUCAUGCCGGCAUCCUCACUCGCGGGCUUCGUGGGGGACGCGAAACUACGCCCAGCACACCUCCUCGCAUUGUGAGGAGAGUGACCUCACUUGGCCCGACCCGGUGCAUCCCCACAAGACUCCCACGCCUUAUCAAAUCCUCGCCAUCCGCAGGGACGAGGCCUACUCGAAACACCGAUUCUACUCCCUCGUAAAGCUGUACCACCCCGAUGCUACCCCUACGUCCCCAGUUGCCCACUUACCCCAUACCAUCCGCCUCGAGCGCUACCGCCUUCUCGUUACUGCCCACUCCAUUCUAUCUGACGACGCCAAACGAAGGGCUUACGACUUGUGGGGCCAUGGAUGGGCGGCACAUCCCCAAAAUCCCUCACACCACUCGCCCUAUCCGUCCGCGCAGAACCACUGGCAAUCGAGAAAUGAUCCAAUGAGGAACGCUACGUGGGAGGACUGGGAGCAAUGGUAUCGUCGGGAACACGAAGAACAACACACCCAGGACCCGCGUGCCGUCGCGGUGUCGAAUUUUGCCUUUGUGGCCUUGAUAUUUACUAUUGUGAGUCUUGGGGGAGUCAUGCAGGGCACGCGAGCCAACAUGUUCUCGUCCAACAUAAUGGAACAUCGAGACAAGGUGCAUAAGGAAGCCGCCACCGAGUUGGCCAAGUCGCACAGAGCAACCUUGAUGGCCGCCGGUGAUCGAGACGAGCGGAUACAGACGUUUCUAAGGCAUAGAGAUGCAAUACAUGCGGGCGAGGAUGCAUAUCAGCGCAUACUACCUCCGUCGGAGACUUGCGCGACUGACACUAUAAGGAAACAGUAGUUGUCGACUCCAUCAGUAUUACGAUCUUGAUAUAACAGGGCAAUUGAUAUUCAAGAAGCUUUGGCACGUAGAUCUUGUGCAUAUUAUAGCCCAGGUCUGUACAUAUACAUGCUUGGUGUAGCGACCCGCUGGGCACGGGACCACGACCUUUCUUACAUCAUUUCUGAAUGCAUUGCAUCUAUUUCAUGCGCUUCA